GACGAACGUAUAUCUACGCACAUAAAGCUAAUUCAUUAUUGUGCUGAUGUUUCUGCAGUGCCCUCCCAGUGAAGAACGAGUCAAUCUCUCCUCCUCCAUACGCAAAGCAAACCAAUGCCUGCAUUAUGUGCCUCCCAUUUGAACUGCCUAAUAGUGAUCCUCGAACGCCUAAACAGAAGUAAAUGGAAAAGAGCGCCUGCGCGCGGGCAUCCGGCUCUCUUCCUGGCAAAUAGUGAUCCAGUCGGUACUUGUCGCUUGCAUCUUACAGCUUGAGAGGGGGACAAGUAAAAAAAAAAAAGACACAUCUGAUCAGGGAGGAAAAAAAAAACUUUCCAGCUUUGAGUUGCAGCUGCUGCAGAGAGACACCGUACACCAUGCAUUUAGUUUGGAUCUGCAGGAAAUCCUUUAGGAUGCUUUAAAUAAAACAAACUGGACUUGAAUGCUGCUCCUAUGAGGCACAUGCGCAAGACGGAAAAUGCUGUUGGAGACAAUCUGGAGCGUGAAGCAGAUGAGUUUUCUGAUGAAGCGAAUGCAGAAACAUUCUAUAGCACCUCUCCUCCCAGCACUCCCCGACAGAUGAAACGCAUGUCAACCAAACACCAACGCAACAGCACGGGGAGGUUGGUCAGCCGCUCCAUGUUCAAAGAAAAGAUGAGCACAUCGAAUCAGACUCCACACAAAGAUAGCGCCAAAACAAUCGAGCCUGUGGAUGACCACAGCUACAAGCAGGAAAAAAAGAACAGAGCUACACUCAGGACAACUGAGAGAGACCACAAGAAAAAUGUGCAAUGUUCAUUCAUGCUGGAAGGUGGGUCAUUGCCAAAAAAAUCAAUUCCAGAUGUUGAUCUUAACAAACCUUACCUCAGCCUUGGCUGCAGCAAUACCAAGCUCCCAGUGUCUGUACCUGUCCCUAUGGCCAGGACAGCACGGCAAACCUCUAGGACAGACUGCCCAGCUGACAGGUUGAAAUUCUUUGAGACGCUGAGGCUUUUGCUUAAGCUUACCUCUGUUUCCAAAAAAAAGGAGAGAGAGCAGAGGGGCCAGGAAAGUAACUCUACUAUGUGGUUUAACCGAUCUAAUGAACUUUUGUGGCUGGAACUACAAGCUUGGCACGCAGGCCGCAGUGUUAAUGACCAAGACUUGUACUUGUAUACAGCACGUCAAGCCAUACCAGAUAUAAUUAAUGAAAUUCUUACAUUUAAAGUGAAUUAUGGGAGGUUGUUCUCAGUCAAUGGGGGAAAUCUUAAUGGGACAAUACGAGAGGGGCAAUACUCAAGCUCACAUGGAAUAGGUUUUGUGGGUCACUCAAACUAUUAUGAUCACAUACAAAAGCAGCGAGUCUCAUUUGAGCAAGUAAAGCAGAUCAUGGAAUUGCUAGAAUAUGUAGAAGCACUUUAUCCAUCAUUGCAGGCUCUCCAAAGGGACUAUGAAAAAUAUGCCGCAAAAGACUUUCAAGCACGAGUGCAGGCACUCUGCUUAUGGCUAAAUAUAACAAAGGACCUGAAUCACAAGCUUCGGAUAAUGGGGACUGUUUUAGGUAUUAAAAACAUGUCUGAUAUUGGCUGGCCAGUGUUUGAAAUCUCUUCACCACGUCCAUCAAAUGGUCCAGGGGAUGAAGAUGAUAAUGACAUGGAACAUGAGGGAACUAUGAAUGAGAAAACAUCUGGCACUUGCACAGAGGAGAGUGAAGAUGAGGAAGAAGAAGACAACAUUUUAGAUGUUAGUCAUGAUCUGGACAAUAACCUCAACAAUCCUAAAGUCCACUUUACAAGGGAGGACCACUAUCCACAAAAGUUGGACAGAUUUGUGUCAGAGGAUGAUUCUUUUUCUUGGGGGUGUCCUGAGUGCAGCCAUGACAGUGUCUGCGGCAGACAUUGCUUGACUUCUAUCUACAGGCCAUUUGUAGACAAAGCAUUGAAGCAGAUGGGGUUGCGGAAACUUAUUUUGAGACUUCAUAAGUUAAUGCAUGGUUCUCUUCAGAGGGCACGCACAGCUUUGAUAAAGGCAGAUCAAAAGCCAGGGUUUACAGACUUUCCUGAUCUCAUGCUGUGUUCAGAUUACUUGCCCGAUCUGUUGAAGCAAACAUAUAGUUCUGUACAGAGCUCUGAAAUUGCCUGUGACCCUGUGUCAUGGGAGGAGCUAAAUUCCAUGGACUUGCCAUCCUUUGAACCUGCCUUCCUAGUCCUCUGCCGGGUCCUUCUGAAUGUUAUUCAUGAAUGUCUCAAAUUGAGAUUGGAGCAACGGCCAGCUGGGGAACCAUCACUGUUGAGUAUUAAGCAGCUUGUGAGGGAAUGCAAGGAAGUGUUAAAGGGUGGACUUCUGAUGAAGCAAUACUAUCAGUUCAUGCUACAUGAGGUUCUGGAUGACUUGCACAAGCUAGAUUGCAAUAUUGAUGCUUUUGAAGAAGAUCUGCACAAAAUGUUAAUGGUAUACUUUGAUUACAUGCGGAGCUGGAUCCAUAUGCUACAGCAGUUACCUCAAGCCUCACACAGUCUAAAAAACCUUCUGGAGGAAGAAUGGAAUUUCACCAAAGAAAUAACUCCUUAUAUACGAGGAGGUGAAGCUCAGGCUGGGAAGCUUUUCUGUGAUAUAGCAGGAAUGUUACUUAAAUCUACGGGGAAAUUUCUGGACUCCGGCCUGCAGGACAGCUGUGAUGAAUUCUGGGCCAGCACUGAUGAUAGCAGCGUUUCUGAUGAAAUUAGGAGAUCUGUUAUAGAGACCAGCCGAGCACUGAAAGAGCUUUUCCAUGAAGCUAGAGAAAGAGCCUCGAAAGCCCUUGGUUUUGCAAAAAUGUUAAGAAAGGACCUGGAAAUAGCAGCAGAGUUUACUUUCUCAGCACCUGUACAGGAUCUACUAACGUAUUUAAAAACAAAGAAUUAUGCAAAGGUGAUAGUUCCUAGCCUGGAGAACCUACAUGUAUUUGUGCCAGAAAACAUCUCUAUAGGAAAAUCGGUUAUACUGCAGUUAUUAAAUGCUGCAGCAGGAGUAGACUGCUCAAAGGAAUCUGACGACGUGGCAUAUGAGGCCUUUCUACUGAUGACCAAACACACUGAGAAAGACCCGGAGCUGGAGGACAACUGGAGCUACUGGGAUGGACAAACUAUCAAAUUAGUUCCACCAGUGGAAACUGUAGAUACUCUAGGAAGUAUGCAGGUGGAUAACCUCCUGCUUGUGGUGAUGCAGUCAGCACACCUGACAAACCAUAGGAAGGUUUUUCAACACUCCAUUGAAGACAUUUUGUCUCUACGCCUUGAACAGACGUCAAGCCAUCCAGUGAUAGCAGCGGCUCUGCACCAACUCAAGAGUGCUGCACUACGACUAUGUACCAAAAUAAGCAGCGCUAUUGACCGUGUUGAACAGAUGUUUACCUCAGAGUUUGAAUCAGGGGUGGAUGAGUCAGAAUCUGCCACAUUACAACAAUACUACCGAGAAGCCAUGAUUCAGGGUUACAACUUUGGUUUUGAGUACCACAAAGAAGUGGUUCGCCUGAUGUCUGGGGAGUUCAAGCAGAAAAUCGGGGACAAAUAUAUCAGCUUUGCUAGAAAAUGGAUGAAUUACGUAUUAACAAAAUGUGAAAGUGGUCGAGGCACCAGGCCAAGGUGGGCAACCCAAGGUUUUGACUUCCUCCAAGCCAUUGAACCAGCGUUUAUUUCAGCACUUCCUGAUGAUGACUUUCUGAGUUUACAAGCUCUUAUGAAUGAAUGCAUUGGGCAUGUAAUUGGAAAACCUCAUAGCCCUGUAACAGGUUUGUACCUUGCUAUUCAUCGUAACAGUCCCCGUCCAGUGAAGGUUCCUAGAUGUCACAGUGAUCCCCCAAAUCCACAUCUUGUUACCCCAACACCAGAGGGCUUCAGCAAUCGAAAUAUCUCUUCCGACACGAGGAACCAUUCCAACUUUGCUGCGGGUCGCCACCCGGCUCUUGGCAGCGACUUUAUUCAACAAAAACCCUUCUUCAAUGCAAACGAUACCAGGGGUUCCAGUGUUCCUGAAAAUGAUCGUCUGUCGUCUAUUGCAUCAGAGCUACAAUUUCGAUCCCUCAGUCGUCACUCCAGUCCCACAGAGGAUAGGGAGGAACCCUCUUAUCCAAAGGGAGAGUCUGGUGGGUCUGUUCGACGGAGUUGGGAGCUUCAAACGUUUAUCAACCAUACUCGAGACACAGCUGCCAGGCAUAGGCCCAUGGAAGCUGUGCAGAAGUCAUUGUUAUUAUUUGAAGAGGCGCGGUAUCGAGAGAUGCGAAGAAAGAACAUCAUUGGCCAAGUUUGUGAUACCCCUAAAUCCUAUGAUAACGUAAUGCAUGUUGGACUUAGGAAGGUGACUUUCAAGUGGCAAAGAGGCAACAAAAUUGGUGAAGGUCAGUAUGGGAAGGUAUACACCUGUAUUAGUGUUGACACUGGCGAGCUUAUGGCAAUGAAAGAAAUCCGCUUCCAGCCAAAUGACCAUAAGACAAUCAAAGAAACUGCAGAUGAAUUAAAAAUCUUUGAAGGACUCAAACAUCCCAAUCUUGUUCGUUACUUUGGGGUGGAGCUUCAUAGAGAAGAAAUGUAUAUUUUCAUGGAAUAUUGUGAUGAAGGUACUUUGGAAGAGGUGUCUCGGCUGGGCCUUCAAGAGCACGUCAUUCGGCUUUACACAAAACAGAUAACUAUUGCAAUAAAUGUCCUUCAUGAGCAUGGAAUUGUGCAUCGCGAUAUUAAAGGUGCAAAUAUAUUCCUCACAUCAUCUGGCCUCAUAAAAUUGGGCGACUUUGGAUGUUCUGUAAAGCUGAAGAACAAUGCGCAGACCAUGCCUGGCGAAGUUAACAGCACAUUGGGGACAGCAGCAUAUAUGGCUCCUGAAGUCAUCACCCGAGCUAAAGGAGAGGGGCAUGGGCGUGCAGCUGACAUCUGGAGCCUGGGUUGUGUUGUAAUUGAAAUGGUCACUGGAAAGAGACCUUGGCAUGAAUAUGAGCACAACUUCCAGAUCAUGUAUAAAGUAGGGAUGGGAAACACGCCCCCCAUUCCAGACAGAAUAAGUCCUGAAGGAAAAGAUUUCCUUUCUCACUGCCUGGAAAGUGAUCCAAAGAUGAGAUGGACAGCCAGUCAACUCCUGGACCAUCCAUUUGUCAAGGUUUGCACAGACGAAGAAUGAAGCUGUCAAGACGUGGCCUAAUGUAUUUCAGCAAGUCAUCUCUUAAUCACUACUGUAUGUAAUAUUUACAUAAAGACUAUGCUGAGACAGUGCAACGUUGUAUCUUAGCGACUGAAGAGACUGCACAGGUGACAGGCGUCACUUCUCCUUCCUGCUGCUGUCCUUGCGUGUUACCCGGCACAUGCUAUUCAUGUCACAACGUCCUGCACGUUUUUAACGAAACUGCAUGUUUCAGUGAAGUGCCAUUUCUACUGUAUAUUGACCAUUGAGUUCUUUUUAAUUUGUUAUCUCGCUUUUUAUUUCUCAAAUGAUUGAGAACUGUAAUUACACAAUAGUAAUGGUUGGAUCUCUUACUGUUCAGAUGCAACUUGUAGUGUUAUCAGGCAGUCUGGACUUUGUAAAUGUUUGUAUUCUCCCUGUUUGUUGAGUGCACUGACUGUGAACUUGUCUUUUUUUGGCCAGCUUCAGUUUUGUUAUGCAAGAAAAAAGCUAAUUCAAUUGGAAGAACAUUUUUUUUUCUUAAUAAAUGGUUUAUUUUAUGAUGUUU